AUGGAAAUGGAGAGAUGGAAACAGAUGGAAAUGGAGAGAUGGAAACAGAUGGAAAUGGAGAGAUGGAAGCGGAGAGAUGGAAACAGAGAGAUGGAAGCGGAGAGAUGGAAACAGAGAGAUGGAAACGGAGAGAUGGAAACGGAGAGAUGGAAACAGAGAGAUGGAAACGGAGAGAUGGAAACAGCCUCAGGACAAAGUCAGUGUUCCUCCAUUGGGGGUCAGCUGUGUGACUACCACUUCAUUAGAUAUGAGAAGACCUGGGAAGAAGCCCAGAAGUAUUGCAGAAAGAACCACACUGACCUGGCCACAGUGUCUAACCAGACAGACAUGAAGAGACUCCGCAGCUCCACGACUGCAAAGCCUCCAUACAAAGCCUGGAUUGGGCUGCAAGAAAACACACCAAACAUCGUGUGGCGCUGGUCUCUGCCAGGGGUGAAGUUCAACGUAACCGAGAGUGAAUGGUCUGACAAACAGCCGGAUAAUGUAGACGAUCAGGAGAUCUGUGUGAGGAUGCAUGAUGGCACAUGGGAUGAUGACCAUUGUUCUGCAAAAUAUAAAUGUAUCUGCUAUGAUGUAGACAACUCAUCUGGCGAAACAUUUCAUAUCAGUACCUCUGAGAUGAACUGGACAGAGGCUCAGAGCUACUGCAGAGAUAAUUACACUGACCUGAUCAGUGGAGUCAAACAGCUAGAAGACUUCAAGACACAGCGCCGGAAAGAUGCAGAAGCUUUCUGGAUCGGCCUGUUCAGAGACUCUUACUGGAGUUGGUCAGAUGGGAGCAGUUUCUCUUUCAGAUCCUGGGAUAAAGAUGAACCUAAGAAGACAUGUGCUAUGACUACGUCAGAUGGAAAAUGGAGCUCUGAUGACUGUAAUAAUAAAAAACCCUUCUUCUGCUACGACGAUUCAGUGAUCCUGAUCAAGAAGAACAUGACCUGGGUGGACGCGUUAUACUACUGCAGAGAUCACUAUCGUGAUCUUGUCUCCAUCACCAACCAGGACGAGCAGCUCUGGGUCCAGGAGAGAGCCAAGAUGGCCUCCACUCCCUACGUGUGGCUGGGACUGCGCUACACCUGCACUCUGGACUUCUGGUUCUGGGUCACUGACGAGACGGUCCUCUACACCAACUUGGACCCCGACCAGUCUGGGGACGACUGCAACGUGUCUGGAGCCAUGGACAGAAAUGGAACGCACCAGUGGGUCAAAAUGAUCGACGACAACUACAAGUUUAAUUUCAUCUGUUCCAAGUAAAAACCUGCAGAAUGAAACUAAGUACAUUUACUCAAGUACUGUACUUUAGUAAUAAUGCUGUUGAGAUGAGGUACUUUACUUAUUUCUCAAGGUAAAUAACAUUUCAAGUAAAAAAGUCGUAAUAUUUUAAGAAGGAAAUCAUGAUAUUUUAGGAAGAAAGUUGUAAUAUAGAUCUUUAACUUUACAUUUUAACAGUGUGGGAUUAAUACUUUUACUGAAGUUAAGGAUGUGUUUUAUUCAUUUACUCACUUUGUUUGCAGUGGUGUGACGUUGACAUACUGUGUGUCCUCUGGGAUUAUUGAAUGGCAUUCUGGGAAAUGGAGGAACUUAUAUCUCAAAGUAAAUAUUUCAAAUAAAAAAGUCGUUAUAUUUCGGGGAAAAAAGUUUUAAUAUUUCCAGAAACAAGUUGUAAUAUUUCAAGUAAAGAAAAUCAUAAUAAUAUUUUCGUAAAAAUUCGUAAUAUUUCAAGAAAAAAAGUAAUAUUUUGGGACAAAAUUUGUAGUAUUUUAAGAAAAAGUCGUAAUAUUUUGGGGAAAAAGUUG